CAACGAGUGGGAACAAACACAAGUGUGUUAAAAAACGUAAUAAGGAUCGUCUUUGGUCAUGCGUUCUUGGGUCCGGCGGAACGCUCACUCGGCGUUUCGGGUUUGUUAGUGUCUCCCUCCUUUCCUUUCCAAUUCCGGCCCCCCGGACAGAGAUGUUGUAUACACAACGGGCACUCAACUCGAGUCCAGUAGCCGUUUGACCAGUCGGCCAGUUGCAUCGUUCCAGAAAACGUUCCAAAAUCAAGUUUUUGAAAACCAAGCGCAUCUGAACUUGGGGACUUGCUGGGCAUCGGAUUCGAUCCAUCGACUUUCUGCCAUGGAUUUAAAAGGUGGCGGUGGCGGCAUCAGGUCGGACAAGAAACGCGGACCGGUGACGGCUCUCUUGUCCAGGCAGAAUUCCAAAACGGGCAGAGGAUCGACUCCGCCGGUGAGCAAUUCCGAUCAGGAUUCGCCGCCAGUUGUGCCAGACACAAUCGACAGCCCGCUGCUGGGCAGAGCCAACAACAAUGGCGCGGGUAAUAGCAUCAGCCGGACGUCUUCCAUCCGGAGUAAACAGGGGGAGCCAUCGGCGGAUCGCAACACAAGUCCAAUGCCGAAAAGCCGAGACCAGACACCGGAAUCGGGAGAUUCGAUCCAGUCGACUGGCGAUUCUUCCAGCCUCGGCAACAAAGUGGCCGGCAAGCGGAUGAUUGAUUCAGCCAAGAAGAAGAUUCUCUGGUUGGCGUCUAAAAACGAAUGGGGCGGACUGGAACAAGCCAUGAAAACGCUGGAACAAACAGUUGCGGCCAACAAAAAUUCACCCGAAUUACUUUCACCACUGGCCGACAUACAGGACGAGUUCACUGGUUACACGCCGCUGAUGUACGCCGUUAAGGACAACCGAAUUUCUCUAAUGGAGCGGAUGAUGGAGCUCGGUUGCGACUUGACCACCGUUAACAAAGAUAAUUAUAACACGUUCCACUUGGCCGUGUUGUAUUCGAGAGAGGAUGUCAUCAAGAACUUGCUGGCACGGAAGGCUGACAUUACCAUUCUGGCCGGGCCUCGACUACAAAAUGUCCUCCAUUUAGUGGCGUCGAGAACGGGCGGAUCGGGAGCUUCCGUCGCCAAAUUGCUACUUGCUUCCGGAGCUAAAGACUUCCGCUUGGCCAGAGAUCAGGAGGGCUAUCUACCGCUGCACGUCGCCGUGGAAAUAGGCAACAUGCACGUGACUAAAGAGUUGCUCAAUAUGAACGGCGAUGUCCAGGUGAAAGCCACUUUCGGACCCAAAAUGGAGAUCGCCUUUCACGCGGCCACCAGACGUCGGGACAUUGAACUUUUGAGGAUUUUGAACGACCAAGGAAGUCCCGUCGACGCCACCAACGCCGAGGGGCAAACUGCUUUGCAUAUUGCGGCGGCCGACGGCGACGAGAACAUUGUCAAAUAUCUUCACAUGCUCCACGCCAAUCCCAACAUAUCCGAUAACGAAGAUCGAACGCCGGUACUGCUGGCAGCUGAAAGAGGUCGGACGGCCGUCGUCGAGAUCCUGACGGAAAAGUUCCGGGCAUCCUGUUUGGAGCGCACCAAAGAUGGCAGUACUUUGCUGCACGUCGCUUCACUCCAUGGACACCCGGAGACGGCCCUGAUGCUGCUCAAAAAGGGAGUCCCACUUCACAUGCCUAACAAGAGUGGAGCCAGGAGUAUUCACAUCGCGGCACGAAAAGGCCACGUCGGAGUCAUCCAGACUCUUUUGUUGAAGGGCGAACAAGUGGAUGCCACUACAAAUGAUAAUUACACGGCACUUCAUGUGGCUGUCCAGGCUGGAAAAGCUAAUGUUGUAGAGACCCUGUUGGGAUACGGAGCUCAAGUUCACAUCCGAGCUGGAACCUUGCAAGAAACGCCUUUGCAUAUAGCGGCCAGGGUGACGGAAGGAGGUGAGAAAUGUGUGCAAAUGCUACUGAAAUCCGGAUGCGAUGCCAACAUCAAUCGAGCCGAUGGAGUUCGACCGCUUCACGUGGCGGCCAGUGAGGGGCAUUUCGGUGUAGUUCGACUCCUUCUUGCCGAUGGGGCUGAUCCUUUGCUGGUGAACAUCAACGGUGAAACGCCUCUCCAGGUGGCUUGCGGCACGUCACAUCCAGGGACGCUUUCCGUCGUCCAGCUGUUACUGGAACACGUCCAAGCCGGAUCGGGUUCAGCCGCUACCUACGUCAAUACCCGCAACUCUAUCGGUGAAACAUCUUUACACGCGGCCAGUAACCAACCCCGAAUUACCACAACCGUCAAAGGAAAAUAUCCUGAUCGUGACAUUGCCCAGUCUUUGCUCCAGGCCGGCGGAGAUGUUAGUCUCGACACCUAUCAAACGAAAGAGAAUCCACUGCACUACUGCGCCUCCCAGGGUAACGUUCCCGUUCUGUUGGCCCUGCUGGCCAGCAUUCGACCGACGGAAUUACAGCGGGUGGUCAACAAACAGAAUUUAUUGGGUCGAUCACCUUUGCAAGUGGCGGCAAAGAACGGCCAUCUUCAGUGCGCUCUACUUUUACUUCAAAAUCAGGCUCGAGUCGACGUCUUCGAUAACGACGGAAUGUCGGCCUUACAUUUGGCGUCCGAAUCGGGACACGGGGCCGUUUGCGACGCUCUUUUGACUCACAACGCUUUUGUCAACAGCAAAUCGCGUGUCGGACUGACUCCUAUCCACUUGGCGGCCCUUAAAGGCUAUACUGAACUGGUCCGGUCAUUGGUGACUGUCCACGGAGCCACAAUUGACGCCCUAACUUUGCGGAAGGAAACGGCACUUCAAUUGGCAGCCGGAGCCGGCCAGCUUGAUGUGUGCAGUCUUUUAGUUGAAUUAGGAGCCGAAACGAGUGCAGCGGACGAGUUGGGUCGUAAAGCGAUUCAUUUGGCCGCCCAGCAGAACCACUCAGAAGUGGUGCGUUUGUUUCUGAAACACCAGCCGGCCCUUGUGUUGGCAGCCAAUAAGGACGGUAAUACCUGCGCCCAUAUUGCUGCGAUGCAAGGAUCGGUGGACGUGCUCCAGCAGUUGAUGAAAUUCGACCUAUCGAUCGUGACGGCCUCUCGCAACCGGACGAGCGAAUCGACUCCUCUCCACCUAGCGGCUGAAGGUGGACAUGCGGAUGUGGUGAAAAUGUUGCUGGAAGCCGGAGCACUUCCGCAGGAUGAGAAUAAAGCCGGAUUCACAGCCAUUCAAUUGGCAGCCAAAAACGGGCACAAUGUAGUCAUCGACGUCUUACGCGACGCCAGUCCCGACACGCUCAGCUAUGCGAGUCGUCGAACCGGAUUGAAUUCUUUACACGUCGCUGCUUGCUACGGUCAAUCGGAAAUUGUUCGAGAAAUGUUGGCACACGUUCCGGCCGGUGUGCGAUCAGAAGCGCCGACAAGUUUAUCCGGAACGGGAGUUCUUCGUGAGUUGGACGGCGAGGCUGGGCUGACGCCAUUACAUUUAGCCGCAUAUUCUGGCGAUGAGAAUGUUGUUCGGCUCCUUCUCAACUCGGCCGGCGUCACGGUGGACCAGCCAUCCGCCCAAAAUGGUUUUACCGCAUUGCACUUGGCAUGCCGAGGAGGCCACGGACCAGUGGCUGGCCUCUUACUUAGCCGCUCCACUGGACUCUUGACCACUCCAGACGGACACGGGCGAUCACCACUUCAUGUGGCCGCCGCUCACGGGCACGGACGAUUAGUGGAGCUCCUUCUCGGUCAAGGAGCCGACAUCAAUGCUGCAGACAAAGCUGGAUGGACGGCCCUUCAUCUAGCCGCUCGAGCCGGUCAUCUGGCAAUGGUCCAAUUGUUGCUGGACAGUGGAGCCACGCCUCGUAGUUUCAACGAUAAUGGGCGAAUUCCGUUAUGGUACGCAGCUUCAGAAGGUCACACUUCCGUCUUGACUUUACUUUUGAAACGGGAACAUGAUGCCUACGGUUUGAUGGAAGAUCGCAAAUUUGUCUACAACCUGAUGGUUUGUGGCAAAAAUCACAACAACUUGCCACUGUGCGAAUUCAUUUUGGAAUCGCCAGCGCCUGUGGACGUGGCCGCCAAAUUAUCGCACAUCCUAGCCACAUUGUCCGUCAAGGAAAAAGAGAGGUCAAAGGACCUGCUCCUCAUCUCCUCACUCUGCAUGAACGAACAUUCCUGGGUUCUCUCUCCUGCUCAGGCUGGUCGCUACCAGCAUAUUCUUUUGGACAUUAUGGAAAAGUUGGCGGAUAGAUCAUUAAGGCCAAAUAUUCAUCACACCGUUAUGCUGGACGGUGUGCCCGAUGCAAUGAAAACUCUGGAUACCGUACGGGUUGGCAAAGUUGUCAUGGCCUCAUGAGCAAUUUGAAUAAACACAUUCUGGUCUCGUU